AGUAGAACUUUACCCCGGCCCUUAUCUGGAGCAGUAAACCAGCCGCUCAGCCGUCGCAAGUUCGUCAAUUUGAAACUUUAACCGGCGUCUUCUCCUGCAGAGAAACUCUCCUGUAAAAGGCAAGUUUCAUCUGCAUUUUCCGACUUGGAUUAAGUUCUGUAUGGAAACAAAUGAUAUUUGAACCCGCAGAGAGGAGCGGAGAGAGAGGAGGUGGGUGUCGGAUACAAGACAUUGUGUUUCUGUUCUUGUUCUUUUAUACACGGAUCUCGGAUACCAGGCCUGUUUGUUAACAAAAAGUGGGGCAAAAAAGUGGAGAAAAAUCUUUUUUGCUGUCGCUGCUGCCGCUGCGUGAACUAAAUCUCAUUCAAGUUCCACAGAGAUCUUAAAGGUUUAAUCCGGAAAGAAAAAACAAGUUUCUUGAGCGAAAAACAGGACACAGACACAGAAAAACACACAAGAAACACAAGUGAUAUUAAAGUUAUGGCGUUGAAGGCCAGAGUGUUGUACGACUUCCACUCUGAAAACCCAGGGGAGAUCUCCAUAACAGAGAAUGAGCUGGUGACUCUGUUCAGCGAGGAGGAGCUGGAGGGCUGGCUGGAGGGGGAGAACAGCAAGGGGCAGGCUGGCCUCUUCCCUGCCUCCUAUGUGGAGAUCAUCAAGGACCACAUCACCUCCAACACUAACAACAAUGGCUUCUCCUCGCCCAAAAAAGCCAUGCCACCUACCCAGACCUCCUUCGCAUCCUCUGACUCCCAGUGUCAGAGAGGACUUGGGGCCAGUAGCAGUGGUAGUGGAGGAGGCAGCUUCCACACCAGUCAGGGCAGCGAUGACGACUGGGACGACGACUGGGAUGACAGCUCUCCUGCUACCGACGCACCUCAGAGUCUUGGUAGCACUCCCCCUAUGUACCCGGUGACCACCUCCUUGCCUUCGCGGCGUGGGAGUGCCCCGCAGCAUCAGCAGCAUGCCAAGAGCUCGGCCACGGUGGGGAGGAACCUCAACAGGUUCUCCACCUUCGUCAAGUCCGGAGGGGAGGCCUUCCUGCUCGGUGAGGCCUCUGCGUUUGUUAAGGAUGGGGACAGGAUCUGUGUGGUGAUGGGGAAGCACGGGCCUGAGUGGCAGGAUGAUCCGUACCCGUUCACCUGCACCAUUGACGACCCCACCAAGCAGACCAAGUUCAAAGGCAUGAAGAGCUACAUGUCCUACGGCCUGACCCCGACGCACACAAAUGUACAAGUCAACCGCAGGUACAAACACUUUGACUGGCUGUACGCUCGCCUUGUGGAGCGUUUCCCCGUCAUCUCAGUGCCCCACCUGCCAGAGAAACAGGCCACCGGACGCUUCGAGGAGGACUUCAUCUCCAAGAGGAGGAAGGGUCUGAUCUGGUGGAUGAACCACAUGAUCAGCCACCCUGUGUUGGCGCGUUGUGAUGUUUUCCAGCAUUUCCUAACAUGCGGAGCAGAUGAAAAAGCAUGGAAACAGGGCAAGAGGAAGGCGGAGAGGGACGAGCUGGUCGGUGCCAAUUUCUUCCUUACGAUCAGCACGCCUGCUGUCCCUCUGGACCUCCAGGAAGUGGAGAGCAAAAUCGAAGGCUUCAAGACCUUCACCAAGAGGAUGGACGAGAACAUCGUUGUCGUGAACACCACCAUCAACGAGUUCGCCCGCAAACAGAUAACAGGGUUCAAGAAGGAGUAUCAGAAAGUGGGACAGUCCUUCAAACUCCUGGCUCAGUCAUUCGAGCUGGACCAGCAGGCCUACUCAGCGGGCCUGAACAAGGCCAUUGCCUACACUGGAGAGGCCUAUGAGGCGAUAGGAGAAUAUUUUGCUGAGCAGCCACGCCAGGACCUGGAUCCCAUUUCUGACCUGCUGGACCUCUACAGAGGACAUCUGGCCAAUUUUCCUGACAUCAUCCAUGUACAGAAAGGUGCACUGACCAAGGUGAAAGACUGUCCAAAGCAGGAAGGUGAGCUCCACAACCGCUGCAACAUUAUUUCCUGCGCCACGCUGGCGGAGAUUCAACACUUCCACCGCACACGUGUACGGGACUUCCGCUCGCAGAUGCAGCAUCACCUCCAUCAGCAGAUCAGCUUCUUCCAGAAGAUCACAGCCAAGCUGGAGGAUGCGCUUCAGAGAUAUGACGAUGGCCAGUAGGAAGAGAGGGAGAAGCUGGACUACAGAGGCCAUUAAGAAGUGGGGGGAGGCCUGAAGAGGGAAGCAGACAGGGUUGAUUGAUGGAUUCAUCCUGUAGUAAUGGAGAACAUCUUAGCGACCUGUAAGAGAGAAAACCUUUGAGACUUGUGUUGUCAUGGAUUCUGGGCAUGGUAUGAGUGUUGGCAGAAAUAUACCACUCUGUAGAUAAAUAUAGGCCACUGCACUGUGGAAUGAUGACAACUUCUUGUAUUAUCUGGACAGCUCUGAUGAAUGUACCAGUAACAGGGAUUUUACUGGCGCUCCAGGCACGUCUUGCAUCUCAGCAGGACUGCAGAUAUUAAAAACAGCUGCUCUAUAUAUGACGGGGCUGCCUCUCGUUUCCUGGUUUGAGGGCCUCACUACUUCAUGGAAACCCUCCAUCCGGGAACACGGUAACCCAACACAACGUACACAGAUAUGAAAUUUCCUAAAUUGCUUAAACUGGAUCUUUUAAUGAUCGAAGAAUCCGUUAUCGCUAAACGUCAUUGUUUUUACUUGAAUUACCUGUUCAGUAUUGGUUUUGAUGGAACGUGACAAAAUUUGAUCGUUUGUGAAUAUGGACAGAGGCAAAGUGGGCAUAUUCUACUCUGCUGAUUCAGUUUAGUUGUUAGAUUUUUAUUACAGCUUGAAAUUUGAACUACUUCUGAUGUCUAACAUCUCUCAUACAACUCAGAUGGUCUGUCACAUCUUUACUACAUUGAAGUCUCAAACCCAGUGUUGUUCGUGCCUUGCCGGACGUAAAACAAUAGUGGAUUGAGUUCAGCCUGGUCUUAUUUUUCUGACUGACUGACUGCUUGUUCUGAGAAGUCCCCAGUUCUUCUUUUUUUCUUUGGGAUGUUUGACUGAAAUCAUCUGUCUUUUUGCUUUCCCUCAGUCAGAGGUCAGAGGUCAGGCGCAGGGCACAGAUACUUCAGUGUUUCCUGGCGUGGAAGCUUUGAACCCAUGUCUUCCAGUUUAAAGCCACUGUGUGUUGACUUUUUAUGUGAUUAUAGUACAUUUUAAAUUCUUCUGCAGACAUAAAUUUUUUAUAACAAAUGUCAGACAAUCAUGGUGAAAAAUGUGGGCAGUCACUGUCUAGCUUUUAGCCCAUUUAUGUCAGUCUCGCUUAGGUGGAUCGGCGGCAGAUGUUGUUCUCUCCUCUACCACAGUGUCUUUUUUUUUAAUAUAAACUUCCACUUGGGGGCGCCAAAGUCAGAAAUAUUUUGUCUACAUAUAGUGGCUUUAAGUUUGGUUUCUUUACUCUUUAUGCUAGCCUGCUACUUCAAAACAUUUUUUUAAACCAAUCAGUAACCAAAAUAAGCACACAGAACUGUUUGUUGUGAGUCCCCAGUUGAUUACAGUAUUUUUGUGGUUAAAGUAUACCACUCUCUCUCUGUGGUAAUGAAUAAAAAUAAAAAAUACCUACAGCCAGAAACUUUUUGAAUAAAAGCUGAUAAAAGCUUAAUAUAAUCAGCAAGGGGGCCCAAGAUGAGCACUUAUCAGACAGCCAGAGGGAUGUUCAUGAUGUGGUAAAUUUAGCCAAUAUGCUCCCAAAGGAUAAAGGAAAGAAACAGAUAUUGAUCGAUAAUUGAGAUAAUAAACUGAAUGCAUUUCAAUGGUUUACACUGUAAACAUAUCUAGUGCUGUCAGUUUUCCACUCACAUAGUAUUUCUGAUAAAUGUUUCAAUCGCAGGUGUGACAUGACAUUCCUUUCCUGGGAGAUUAUUUUAAACAUUUAUAAUAGUGGGAGCCACCAGCCUGGUUGUCAUAAUUUACUAUGAUGAAAAUGUUUCUUAACACUUUUGAUGUAACAGUGGGACAGCAUUUCAGUAAAUACAUGAAAGUAGAAUGUGUUUCAAUCAUUUAAAUCCACACAGGCUUAUUGUUGACUGUUUUCCUGAAAUAUAACUUAUAGUUUCA